AAAAGUCUCACGCGUGAUCUAGAUAAUAUAUUAUUAUAUCUUAUACUACCAAACCACGAUUUUUCCAAAUGAUUGAUAUAAAACUUGAGACAAUUAAUAUCCGAAUAUUCUGGUGAACAAGAUUGAUGGAAGAAGGAAAGAGAGGUCUCCAUAUAGUGAUGUUCCCAUGGCUAGCCAUGGGCCACAUCAGGCCAUUUUUCCGACUUUCCGUCGAACUAGCUCAAAAGGGUCACCGGAUUUCCUUCAUAUCCACUCCUUCAAACCUACAAAGAGCCGUCAAAGUGCCUCCUCACUUAACCCACCUCAUCACCCUCGUCAGCUUCCCUUUGCCGCAAGUCGACGGCUUACCUCUCCAAGCCGAGUCAUCCAUGGACGUGUCCAUGCCUAAACAACAUCUCCUCAAAGCAGCGCUCGAUUUGCUUCAACCGUCCAUACAUUCCUUUAUGGAGAACGCGGUGCCUAAGCCGGAUUGGAUCGUCUACGAUUAUGCCUCCCAUUGGCUGCCCGCUCUAGCGCGGGAGAUCGGGAUAUCGACUGCCUUUUUCAGCCUCUUCACGGCCGCUUUCAUGGCAUUUUUAGGGCCGCCAUCUGCUCUGAUCACGAGCCAGAGGUUGACCGCCGAGGACUUCACGAUCGUGCCCGACUGGAUCCCUUUCCCGAGUAAUAUGGUUUUCCGCCGGCAUGAGUUGGCCAAGAACAUGGAGAAAGAUCUUGACGGACACGACUACGACUCGGGCACGUCGGAUUCUGUCCGAUUUGGGCUCUCCGUAGAAGGGAGCCAAAUUGUGAUCUUUCGGUCGUGUCCCGAGUUCGAGCCAGAGUGGUUCCGUCUCGUAUCCGAACUCUACCGAAAACCGGUGAUUCCAAUCGGUGUCCUCCCACCCAAAGAGGACAACUACCAAUUGGAGGAGGAGUGGCAAAGGAUCAAAGAAUGGUUGGACGCCAGAGAGGAAAGCUCGGUUGUUUAUGUGGCGCUCGGGAGCGAGGUCACAUUGUCAAGCGAAGAAGUCCACGAGUUGGCCCUCGGUCUGGAGCAGUGUGGGUCCCCCUUCUUUUGGGUCCUCAACAACAACAGCAGCAACAACAACAACAACAGCAACAGCAACAACAACAAUGGCAUCGAGAUGCUCACUAGAGGGAUGGUGUGGGGAGAGUGGGCCCCACAAGUGAGGAUACUCGGCCACCCGGCUGUCGGGGGGUUCUUGACGCAUUGCGGGUGGAAUUCAGUGACCGAGGGCCUCGGUUUUGGGCGUGUUCUCAUAUUGUUGCCCGUGAUGCACGAUCAGGGGAUGAACGCGAGGCUCCUAAGGCAGAAGGGUGUCGGGCUAGAGAUACCGAGAGAUGAAAAGGAUGGGUCGUUUACGUGGGCCCACGUGGCGGAGACUGUGAGGGCGGCGAUGGUGGGGGAGGAGGAGGGGAGGAGGGCAAGGGAGAAGGCAAGGGAGAUGAAGGAGAUGUUUGGGGAUGAAAGUAGGAGGAGGGGUUAUGUGGACAAUUUGGUUGAAUGCAUGGUGGGGAAUAAGGCCAAGAUGUUGUUACCUCAGUAACUAGAUGGUUUCGACUGUGCAACGUACCACCGACUAUUAUUUGUUUUUCAUUUAGUAUUGUAAUUUGUCGGUAUUUAUUUUGAACAUAGUAACACCACAAUUAAUUACCACAUUCAACAUCAAACAGGGACAAAAUAAUGCAACAACAAAUUUCAUCUAACCCAGUUCAUAACUAUUCAAUUUAUCACCCGUUUGAUUCAACUGUAAAUCGUCGACCCUUGGGUCUAGUGUAAAUGUCAAAGUAUUGCACGAUGUAAAUCGUCGACCCUUGGGCCUAGUAUAAAUGUCAAAGGGCCUAGUGUAAAUGUCAAAGUAUUGAACGAUGAAGCCCACCAGUAGGCUUC